AUGCUCAGCCAGUAUCCGCCUCGGCCCCGAUUGACCCGGCUAGACAACAAGCACGGCUCUUUCAUCCCCUCAAUCAGCACUUCGCCAUCAUCUCCAACCGCCAUGACAGAGUCCUCGCCCUCGCAGUCAAAUCCCCAACCCCGACAAGAGCGCCCAUCAACAUGCCUCUCAACCCACAUCGAAGAAACCCUCCACCUGAAAGACCUCGAAUUGAUGAUGCACUGGUGCACAGCAACCUACAAAUCUAUGGCAGGGGACCCUACCUCCGAACGGAUAUGGCAAACAACCAUCCCCCAGCUCUCCCUCCGCUACCCAGCCCUUCGCCAAGGCAUCCUAGCCCUCUCAGCGCUGCACCUCGCCUCAACAAGCACAUCUUCCGGACGAUGGCGGUAUCUUGAAACAGCACGCUCGUACCAAGCACAAGCGCUAGCAGGCCUCCGUGUCGAGAGUGACGAAGACGCACCGGAAGCAGAAAGCCAAGCCACCUUCGCGCUGUGUUGCAUAAUGAUCGUAUUCACCUUCGGCUUCUGCCAAAUCGACAGCGAAACCAACUCGGACGAAGAGCAGCCUGACGUGCUGGACGAGUUCUUCGAGGUAUUCCAACUCACCCGGUGGCUAGUCAGUAUCCUGGUGACCUCGAUGGAACGCAUUACGGCGAGCGAGCUGAACCCGCUCUUUCACCCCGAAGACCCGGCCCCAACAAUGCCGGACAUGUGGCGGCUGGUGGUUCUCUCGCUACAGCGACAGAAUGACAUAGAGGCUAUGCGGGACCCGACGCACCAGACGGAUCUGUACGACUCGGCUAUUGAACAUCUCAGCCACUCGCUCGAGCAGCUGAUGAAGGGCGGCGAGCCGAAGGUGUUUGCAUUUUCGUGGAGUUUCCGUAUCCCUGCGGAGUUUUUAGAACUGCUCGAGGCGCGCCGGCCCUUUGCGCUUGUUGUUCUGGCACAUUAUGCGGUUAUUCUGCACCAUCUUAGGGAUUCAUGGUGGAUGGGCGAUUGGGGGAAUAGGAUUCUGCAGGAGAUUGGGGAAAUUCUUGAUCCGGAGUGGCAAGAUCUUAUUAACUGGCCGAUUGAUGCGACGGGGUGUUUCCUUCCGAGGACCCAGGCGCGAGUGCGAGUGGUAUCCCCGCUUGUCUGUUGA